GGCACGCAGCCCUCGACCUCGCGGGGCGGGGGCGCCUGCUGGCUGGUUUCCGGUUCGGUGGGUCCAGGAUGACAGAGCCGGGCGCCUCUCCGGAGGACCCCUGGGUCAAGGUGGAGUACGCCUACAGCGAGAACGUGGACUCCGGGCUUUUUGUAGACAACGCCAGCAAGGGGAGUGUAGUGUCCAGAGCUAACAGCAUCGGGUCCACCAGUGCCUCUUCUGUCCCCAACACAGAUGACGAGGACAGCGACUACCAGCAGGAGUCUUACAAGGAGUCUUACAAGGACCGGCGGCGGCGAGCACACACGCAGGCUGAGCAGAAGCGGAGGGACGCCAUCAAGAGAGGCUAUGACGACCUUCAAACCAUCGUCCCCACCUGCCAGCAGCAGGAUUUCUCCAUAGGCUCCCAGAAGCUCAGCAAAGCCAUCGUUCUGCAGAAGACCAUUGACUACAUCCAGUUUUUGCACAAAGAGAAGAAAAAGCAGGAAGAGGAGGUGUCCACGCUCCGCAAGGACGUCACAGCCCUAAAAAUCAUGAAAGUGAACUAUGAGCAGAUUGUGAAGGCGCACCAGGACAACCCCCAUGAGGGCAAGGACCAGGUCUCAGACCAGGUCAAGUUCAAUGUGUUUCAAGGCAUCAUGGACUCGCUGUUCCAGUCCUUCAAUGCCUCCAUCUCAGUGGCCAGCUUCCAGGAGCUGUCGGCCUGCGUCUUCAGCUGGAUCGAGGAGCACUGCAAGCCGCAGACCCUGCGUGAGAUCGUGAUUGGCGUCCUUCACCAGCUGAAAAACCAGCUGUACUGAUGGUCCUGAGAGCCCCACCAGGCUGGCCCUGGAGCCCCUGGGCCUUCAAGCCUGGACUGUGACACUUCACAUGGGUCAGCUGCCUCCUACUUGCUGUCUGGUUUCCCCAGUCCCAUUCCAUCUUCUGUGGGGCUGGGCUGUGUGUUUUGUCAAAGCUCCUGAUUAAUUUAUUAUAGUGACCAUAAAACCUGAA